AAAUAAUGUAAAAAAAAAAAAUAAUAAACGUAAUUAAAAGAAUCAUAACAUGUUUCUCAAUCAAAAUUCCAUUUCACAACAAAAGCGUGAGAAAAAAAUAUGAGAAAUUAAAAAUUAUUUUUCAAAAUUUUAUUCGUUUUUUUGUCAGAAAAAAGAAAAUUGGUUUCUAAAACAAAAAAGAAUGCCGUUUAAAUUUUAUUUGAAAAAAAGUCGACAGUACGAUGUUGUUUCGAAAAAUCAAUACGUUAUUUGCAUUGAACUAUUGGACACAACAUCAAUAGAAUGUACAUUAAGUAUUGGAAGUACAGGAAGAGAAUGUCUAAUAAAUGUAACGCAGAGACUUGGCCUGGGACAACCGGAAUUUUUUGGCCUGUGUUAUAUUUGCAAAGACAGUCCAAAUACCUCGCGAUGGAUCAAUAUGGACAAACCCCUAAAAAGACAAUUGGAAAAGAAAGCUAAAAAUUUCAUUGUUUAUCUUCGUGUGAUGCAUUAUAUUUUUGAUGUUCAAUUCAUUCAAGACGACUUUACUCGAUAUCACUAUUAUUUACAAUUGAAAAAUGAUAUUUUAGAGGGUAAAAUAACUUAUGAUGCGAGACAAGCCUCUUUAUUGGCGAGUUAUUCAAUGCAGGCGGAAUUUGGAAAUUAUGACGCAGACAGACACUCGCCAGAAUGCUUACAACAAGAUAUUUUCUUUCCAAAAGUACUAAUAGAAGCUGAACCAAGAGCGCAGGAAACACUUUUAAAUGAUGCGAUUUGCCAAUUUAAAAGUUUAACCGGAGUCACACAGUCUGCGGCCGAAGAAAUGUAUAUUAUGACUGUAAUGCAAAUGGAAGGUUACGGUUACGAAACUUUCGUUGCAAAGGAUGAAGGUAACAAUGAAAUAAUCCUCGGCAUCUCCAUUAAUGGUAUAAUGGUUGGUUCAUCUACGUCACAAUCCGCCAAAUUUUACAGAUGGUCUGAAAUUAGUAACGUAAUUAGUCACAAAAAGACUUUUAGAAUCGAAUGGCAAGUGGAAGGCGAAACACCGAAGCAAUUUACUUUUGGUGAAUCACGAUUAGCAAAAUAUGCCUGGCAAUUGUGUAUCACGAAGCACACAUUUGCUCAGCGUCUAAACGAACAAUUAAACGAGCGCGUCACUAAUGGAAAUUUCAAUGAGACGAAUGAACAAAUAGCGUCACUGCGUUUGGAUCAUCAACCGGAGAAUCACAUGCGGUGGACGAGUUACAGCGAUUUGUCGACUUCUCCAUGUCCCGUUGUUUCUGUUUCAUCGAAAGAUACGAGUAAUUUGCAAGCUCUGCUUCCGCCUUAUAGACCAGCGCCCGAUUAUGAUACGGCAAUGCAAAUGAAGUACAAUAAUGGUGCUAUUAAUUCACAACCGUAUUACGCUAAUCAAUCGACAAUUAUUGGAGCCGAUCUCUCAUGUUUGAUAAACAAUGUCGCUAAUCGUAACAGAUAUUAACAAAAAAAUUUUAAUUUUAAUUCUCCUUUUUAUCUCAUUUUAAUUUCAAAGAAAAUUUGUAAAAUUUCCUUUAAAUUUUAAACUUCUUCUAUUUAUUUUUAU